GGCACGCAUACUAAUAUACGGGCGCCACACAACAAUCCAGAGUGUUACGUCAAUGGAAAAGGACAUCAUUCGAUACAAUUACAGAUCCAUUUCCGACAGAUUUAAUGUGGGCAGAAGUACUGUGCUCUAUUGCAUUGAACGCGUCACUGACACUCUGACUGCAUUGGCACCCACAAUUAUCAAAUGGCCAGCUGGUGAAGACGUUGAAGCGAUAUGGGCAGGGUUUCAAGCUACAAGUGGAUUUCCUAAAGUAAUUGGCGCUGUCGAUGGUACACACAUUAGGAUACCUGCUCCGAGAAUCAACCCUGAAGCAUAUGUUAAUCGCAAAGAUCAUCAUUCGAUUCAACUUCAGGCUAUUUGCGAUCACAAAGGUUUAUUCAUCCAUUGCUACGCUGGACAUGUCGGUUCAGUGCACGACCAAAGAGUUUUCCGGCUUUCUGAAGUGCAGACCUAUCUUGGCAAUCCAGUCAAAUUUCCAGAAGAGUAUCAUCUAGUUGGAGACCUCGCAUACAAACUCCAUCCAAAUUUAUUAACACCAUAUCGGGAUAAUGGACACUUGACUGAACGACAGCGCAACUACAAUUUUUUUCAAUCUUCAGCAAGGAUUGCAAUUGAAAGAGCCUUUGGACUUUUGAAAGGACGCUUUCGAAGCCUACUCACAGUUCUGGCAAUCAACCAAGUAAAGAAAGUGCCAAAACAUAUUCUUGCGUGUUGUAUUUUGCACAAUAUAUGUUUAAUGAGUGAUGAUCUCAAUAUAGAAGUGGAAGAAGAAGAGAUAAUGCACUGCGAACUUGCUGAUAAUGAAAGGAUGCGCGUCGUUGUAGAUGCAAGCACCCAAAAACGUGAUGCGAUAGCAAGACAAUUGCGCAUGAGAAAUGUAUAGGCGUUCCAGUC